GAAAUUUUUAUAAAUAUCCAUGUCGUACACGGAGAUAUAGUUAUCAUUUCAGCGUCCCGUUCGGCAACGAAUAUCGGUUACCGACAAUCGGUAAACUUGGGAAACAGUUGCUGAUUGGCUGAUUUCAAACGGCCACGUGAUUCGAACUGCGUAGAGGACGGUUGAGUCCCGUUCACGAGAAACGAAAUUCCUGAUACGCUGUUAAUUUUUUAAUUGUAACAUCGGAAUGGAAACGUCAAUAAUCGCCACCUCGAACGUGACCAAUUUUCAAGAAUGCGUAUCGGAGUUGGUUUUGAAUUCGUUGGACGCCAGAGCGACGGCGAUAGCGAUACGGUUUGAUUUAGAGAAACGUAAAAUUCAAGUAGUAGACAAUGGUGUAGGAAUAUCGAAAAAGAAAUUGAUUGACAUUGCGGAGUACAGGUCACGCGUCCUUUGUUGGAAUGUGGAGGAUAUAUGUAACGCCAAGAAACAGACGUUAGUAAAUAUUCGUAGAUUGUCUGAUGCUGUAAUCAUUACUUCUAGACAUUGCAGUUCAUCUAGAACAUACACCAAGGUAUGCAAAGUGGGUUGUUCACCCAAGAUAGUUAAAGUUCAAGGAAGACCAUCCAGUGGAACUACGGUAACAGUUUAUGGAUUCCAUGAACUAACAUUUCACAAGUGGAAUGUACCCUUAACGUACCUUAUGAUAGGAAACAUUGCCAUAGUUAAUCCACAAGUAUCAUUUUCCAUUAGAGAUGAUCAAGAAAGGAGACUUAUUAUGGCAAUCACUAAACCUCAUAAACCAAUGGACAUUUUUAAAUUACUGUAUUACAAGGAAGUGUCAUUCAAUAAUUUGUGGUAUAUUAAUAAUAUGAAUGACCCUUGUACCAAGUUCCAUGCCUUCAUUGGUUUUUCUAACAGAAAGUCAAAUGCUAUACAGUAUAUUUUUCUCAAUAAUAGACCUGUGCAUUGUCCUUUGAUUCGCCAAGUGAUUUCAAAUGCCUUUAUCAAUGCAUUGAAAUUGUUUGUGAAAGCUGGACUGCAUCAGAUACCAAAGAGGAAAGCUAUUUUUAUUUUGUUGUUUAUUUCAUGUACAGAACAUAUUUUUACAUUGGAAAACAGAAAGAAAACUUUGGUUUUACCUUCUGUCCGGAAUUUACUACUCAGUAUUCAGAAUGAAAUAGAAACUAUCUUCCUUAAAGAUAUCAAGCCCCUUUCUAAUAUAAACAGUAUUAAAUUGGUUAAGAAAACGUUGUUAAUUAAAACACCCGUAGUUCCAAAGUUUCAAAAUACUACAAUUGACAAAUCAAAUGUAAAUAUUAAAGAUAAUAGUUUGCUGGAAGAUUAUGAAAAAAGUAAGACGGUACAUGAAAUGACAAUAAAUCAAUUACCAGUGAAUGAAAUAAAUAAUAUUCAAUCAUUUACACAUGAAAAGCUAAGCAAGAAUGUAGUUGAAGAAACUUCAGUAUUAGCGCUUACACAGUGGUCCAAUUGGAGCUAUCAUGAUGAUAAAUCACAGAAAUUGAAAGAAGCUAAUCAACAUAAUAACUCUACACUGUUUUAUAAGCGCUUUGACUUCUUGCCGAAGAAAUUGCACAAACUUUUACGUGGUAACACGAAAUUAACGAAGACUGAUGUUUUGAAUGAUUGGGGUGGAAGCGAUUCUUCGGCUAGAUUAAGAUCUGGAUUAGACAUACCAGAUAUUCUACUCCACCAGGAAACAGAUGUACGUCCAUGCGAGGCUACUCAGCGAUUCCAUGAAUUUAAACUGAAAAAGGAACUUUUAAAGUUUGUAACCGUAUUGGGUCAGGUGAACAAUGAAUUAAUAGUGGGACUAGCAGUUAAAAAUGAUACAAAGAUGCUGCUAUUAAUGGACCAACAUGCAAUUCAUGAAAGAAUACGAUACGAAAAUUUACUUAACACAUACAAGUGUCAAAUGAAAUAUCAGUUGCUGUCCACAAAAUUAAAAGAUUCAAUAGCUAUACAGUUAACAAUAGAAGAGUGCAAUGUACUUCUGAAGCAUAGACUACAAUUAAGAAGAUUUGGAAUAAGUUUCAAUAUCAUAAAUGACAGCACUGUGGUAGUGCACACAUUGCCAGAGUGUUUAAAGAAAAAUAAAUAUCAUCACGAUGAAGUGAAGUUGAAACAGAGUGUACAGAAUCUUUUAAAUGAAACGAUACAAAGUUUGAUGAAUGACAAAUGUCACGAAUCACUUAAUCUUCCUGUUACCAUCCAUAAUGCACUCGCAAUGGAAGCUUGUCAUGGUAUGUGCGAUCUUAUAAAUAAUACAAUAAAUAAGGUACGCAAUUCGUAAAGUGUAAAUAUUUAAAGUGUAUAUUAUAUAGUAGCAAAUAUUGGUACAACAACAAUCUCAUUCGCUAUCGUCUAAUAUCAGAGUAUUUUAGGAGCUAUCAAAUUCGGGGAUCCGCUGACACUGCAACAAUGCAAGUGGCUCUUGAUGUUGUUGCAGAAAACAAAAAUCCCUACACGGUGCGCUCACGGCCGACCUUCUAUAAUACCUGUAUUAGAGCUCUCGGAACUCGAGAAAUGGAAUAAAAAAGCUGCACAGGUAUACAACGAACAUUACUCGUGACACAAUUCUUUCUUGUAAAGGGGAUUUAAAAUUUAUGUCAACACGUACGUCGUACAUUGCACUAGAUUUGAUCUUUAUACACUUAAUCACAUAGAAGGACUCGGAUCACCUUCACGUUACAGGAUAAUAAACGUCUAGUAUACUAUUUAUAUAGAAGCAAUAAUUCCACAUCUAUUUCAUUCGAAAGAUAUCAUCUCUACUUAACUGUUGCAUGUAACGUGCAACUAUAAUUGCGAUCAAUUAAAUUAGAUGUCAGGGUACCCGGAGACCAAGAUGUCUUUCCCGAAGUAGUUGAUUCUGCUCACGUAGAUCGUGAACUCGACGCCUCCGAGUGCAAUCGGACAGGGAUUGUUAGGCCGAGUGAAGAAGCACAUCGUGUACAGGGCGAAUUCCAAUUCGGGCGACGUACCAACGAACACUGUACUGACUGGUUGCACUAUUCCAUUCAGGCUCGAGCGUAGCUUAACGACAGCUGCUUUCUGCAAUGAUCAUCAAAUUACAAUGUAAAUCACCUUCCAAUUAACUCGCGAAUGGUAACUUCAAACAUUGUAGACAACUUACGUCGCCCAUUUUGGUUUCUUUGAUGUACCCAAGGUAAUUCAAUUUAUUCGCAGCUUCCUGUUUGGCAUAGUAAAUCCAAUUGUGCAGUCCAAUGAUAUCCGAGUCGAAUUGCUCAGCUAGGAAUACCGUUUCGAAGCCAGAGCUAGACGGUUCCCCGUCGAUCCGCUUGAACUGGGAGAACCAAAUGCGCUUCAGGCUGUCCUUGAACUCGUACUCGUCGUCUGGAAUGUAUCCCUUGUCAGCCAGGAAUUUCAUGGUGGACUUGAUGAUCUCAGUCUCCAUAAUUUUGUCGAUGAGAUCCGACUCCUCCCGACGUUCCUCGGAAGUGACGGUCUCCUUCGUCUUAACGUCCAGCUCGUAGUUGUCGUGCAACGCUAGCACCGCUUUGACGGUUGGCAGAUCGUAAGCCUCCGCUUGAACCUCCAGUAAACUGAAACAACGACAGUCGAAAACACCGCUGCGACUCAAUCUCAAUCAACGAGUAACUCUAAAUGCAUACUGUUCAGGUGCGUCGUCCG